AUGGUAAAGACACGAAAAUUUGUGGAGGGAGAUAGUAUCUUAGCAACAAAAGUUGUUUGGGAUGAUGAGCUGACGUUGAUAUUUUGUGAACUUUGCGUGAAUAAAGUCAAUGCUGGUAUUGGAUGGUGUCCAUCUAAAAAGACAGUCGAUGCUACCAAAGAAUGGUGGGCUGAAAAAAUAAAGGAAAAUCCUGAUUUUAAAGGAUUUAAGAAGAAAGGAAUUGAACCACGAUUAAAUGAUUUAAUGUGGCAAAUGUUUGGUGGCAUUGUAGCCACUGGAGAGAAUGUAUGGGCACCUUCGUCUAGUGUUCUUCCAAGUGGGGUUCCUAUGGGAGAUGAUACACUUAAUGAGAGAUUUGGUGAUUCAGAUGAAAAUAGUAAUGAGAAUGAAGAUAUCCCUCCUAAUGAGGUACCAUCAAACCCUUCUCAUGAAACUCCUAAUCGAAGAACGGAAACACUUGGGGUUGAACACGGUAAAGGAAAAAAAUCAAGUUCAAGUAGAAAAUCAUCAAGAAAUUCAUUAGCUACUCAUAUUGAGAAAUUGUGUGAGAGUAUGGCUAGUCCUCAAUGA